AUGAUGCCUACUGCUGCUAGACACCAACGGGUACUAGCUUGCGUGCAGUGUCAGCAGCGCAAAGUCAAAUGCCAGCGCUCCUUUCCAUGCGCCAACUGUGUACGCGCCAGCGUCCCCUGCGAGCAAGCAACCCGCCAGCGACGCCGCCGGUUUUCCGAGAGGGAGCUAUUGGCGCGCCUGAGGCACUACGAGGGCCUUCUUCGACGGCACAAUAUCGAGUUCGAUCCCCUCCACCCGCUGGAUACAGACGAUCGGACCACAAGCGAAAAUAGUCGAGUUGAGCCAGAAGCAGAUAAAUCAGAUAAAAUGGCCGGGCGAACCGAAAGAUCUAAACCAGUGUAUGGGAUUGAGUUCCUUUUCUCAGUCAAAUAUAACUAUUCCGCAGAUGAUGAGGACAGUUAUGAUGAAAACGGAGAUGAAGAAAAUAACACUGGUUUCUUGCAUGAGAAUGAUGACAUGCGGCACGCAGUUAUCAAGAAGGCGUGGCACCAUACUUUCCAGGGCCAGAGCAGUGGGCAUCUUCUCUUAUUUGGUUCUUCUGGAGGGAUUGUCGACCUCUCUACCACGCACCCAAGUCAGAUGCAAAUCUUUAGGCUCUGGCAAGUUUAUCUGGAUAAUGUCAACCCCCUUCUCAAAGUCACGCAUACGCCGACCUUGCAAGCUCGUAUUAUCGAUGCUGCUAGCGAUAUAACUAACAUCAAGCCCACAUUGGAAGCGCUGAUGUUUAGCAUCUACUCCAUCUCCAUUCUCAGCCUCACCGAAGAUCAAUGCAGUGGCUUCUUCGGGUCCCCAAAGAAGGAUAUUUUAACAGGUUAUCAAACAUCAUGCCAACAAGCGCUGGGGAACUGCGAUGUAUUACAAUCCUGUGACUAUGAAUGCUUGACAGCACUGUACCUCUAUCUAGUCGCUAUCAGGCCUGCAACAAACCCUGCGUCUCUUUCCUCGCUACUUAGCGUUGCUAUACGCAUUGCUCAACGGAUAGGUAUUCACCGUGAAUCCAUGUAUAGCAAAUGGCCCCCUUUACAAGCUGAGAUACGUCGAAGGCUGUGGUGGUCGCUUGUGAUCUUCGAUAAUCGCAUAUGCGAAAUGUCUGAUCACGGAACCACUUCUUUGAAUCCUUCAUGGGACUGCAGAAUUCCUCUCAAUGUGAAUGAUUCAGAGCUUCAGCCAGAGGUGAAGGCCACACCGGUAAUAGCAGAAUAUAAACCAUCAGAGAUGAUUUUCGUAGUUCUGCGCUGCGAGGUGGCUGACUUCAUCCGCUGCAGCGCCUUCCAUCUUGAGUUCACUAACCCGUGCUUCAACAGAGUAAUGGCAUCUAGACCUAGCAAUAUAGAGGAGACACAACAGCUGAUAGCCCUAGAAAGGACGAUAGAGGAAAAAUAUCUCGCAUCCUGCAAUUCAGAGAACCCCCUUCACUAUAUGACAACAUGGACAAUACGUGGCUAUCUCGCGAAGUAUCGUCUCCUGCAGCACUAUGCCCUGAGCGCCGAGAAGCAGCCAGAUCCACACCAUGCCAUUGGUAUUUCCUAUGCUCUACGCAUGCUAGAGUGUGAUACAAAUCUUAUGGCCUCGCCACACAUUAAAGGGUACCUCUGGCUCGUUCAAUUUCACUUCCCUUUCCUUGCUUACAUUCACCUCCUUCAAGGCUUAAAAAGAUGGCCUAUCACGAAUCAUACAGAGACGGCCUGGAAGGCGAUGACAACUAACUAUAUGCUACGUAUAGCGGGCUCAAACCAAGAAGAACACAGGGAUUUCUUUCUUGUUUUCUCUCGAAUGGUUCUUCGGGCCUGGGAGGCAUAUGAGUAUAGUGCUCAAGAACAAGACAAUAUACUAACAACUCCAGAUAUUGUUUUGGAUAUCAAGGAAAAGAUUAUACAAAUAACGACAAAUUUCUUUGGCAAUACUGACACGGCGCAGAGUAAUAAGUCAAACACUCUUGAUGCAAAUUAUACUUAUGAGAAGCUGGGGUUUAAUUUGGAUUCAUUGGAGUAUUCCGAGUUAGUCCAAUUAAAUAGUAUAGAGGAGCUUUUAAAAAAUAACUAG